UGAAAGCAAGUGUUUUGUGCACAGAUUAGUAAAUUUGUGGAGGAAUAGGAUCAGUAUAUGUUUUUAUCUUUUAUUAAAAUGUUAGCUGGUAUUUAGAUAUGUUAUCCAAUUACAGACGAUUGCAGCAUUAUAUCCGAUCCUUUGAGGAACAGGUGGAGCAACAAGCGUCCACAAAAAGUAAAAGAAACCACGUGGAUUUACGUUUGUGUCGCCUUUGUUACAAGAACAAGUUUGCUGACGGCAUUGGCAGGGUGUGCCAAGAUUGCAGGAGACGAGUCUGCGGAAACUGUGGCUCUUUUACUCGCCCUAAGUGGGAUUACAAGAAAAACAAGAGUGUCCGUGGCAAGUGGCGCUGCACCAUGUGCCAGAUGAAGAGGGAAUUGCUCUGCCAGACUGGCAUUUGGUUUCAUGGAGCCGGAGCCAAACCAGCAUUCAACCGAAAAUCUUUCAAAGCUAAAGUGGAAGCUUCCGGCUUGUUAGAAACGGAAUCCGACUGGGGGACGCUGAGAGAUCGUCGAGGCUCUGAGUCUAAUAACUCUGCUGUUCCUGGACAUCGCACGGAUUCUGAACUGAUGAAAAAGGCGAAAAGCUCUGGAAGUGAUUCUAAACAUUCCCAUAAAUUCCAUAGGAGACGAAGUCAGUUGUCGAUAAGUGACAGUAUUCAUGACAAAGAUGAUGACGAUGCAUACAUUGAUGAUGCGCAGUUCCAGAGAGAACGACAACAGGAUCGAAAACAUCGAUUCCAGAAGAAGUGCCGUCGCCGAUUACCCAAGUCGCAGCACCAGCGUUCCGUGGACAAUGAACACGGACUUCAGGUGUGUUCUCAGUAUGACUCUCCCUAUAGCUCCGGAAAUUCCGUUUCCGGUGACAACCUAUCCAACGACCACCGUGAAAACCAUUGUGAAAAGACACUCAAGUCACGAUCCCCUACAAAUCCCCGAUCCCCUACGCAUUCUAGAACGCCUACUAAAUCUCGUUCGCCUGCCACAUCUCGAUCACCUGGAACACCUCGUUCACCUGUCAAAUCCCGUUCGCCAGCCAAAUCACGCUCUCCCAUCUAUUCACGUUCACGGUCACCGAACCCUACUAAAUCGCGCGAAUCACACUCAUCCAAAAGAAGCCGAACUGUCCCUUCUAAACGAAGGUCGUCUUUGUCAGAAACCUCCAUUGAAAACAGCGUUGACCUUGAGCAGGGGAACACGGACCACUCGCCCAUCAGGCCACGCGAUUCUUCACACACACAUUUCAAAAUUGUUCGCCAAGGGGCGCUUUCAAGAAGCAGCUCGUCAACAAGUAUUAUAUCUGAUGCCAAAAGCUCUGAUGUACACAGUUCGGCAGCCAGUCCAGUCUUCCAACGACAUGAGACAUUAACUCUACAGUUCAGAGACUCACCUAAAAUCUCUAUCCGUACCAGUUCUGUUCCAACCCCAGGGGGAAACGAGCAAGACCCUCAAUUUCCAGGAUCAAAUGAGGGUAGCAACCAGUUGCUAGCUCCACCUACGCCGACGUCACACAGACGAGUCACACUGUCAGAGUGUGAGAACAUAACCAUCAAUAGUUCCGGGGAACAAAACCGGUUCCAUCCAUCUAGCCCCCACCCUGUUAUUAUCCACAGAGACAAGAAAGAUGCUAGUUACCGAACUGGUGGAUUGGGCAUGCGCAUUGUGGGUGGCAAAUCAAUGGCGGAUGGGUCAGUCGGUGCUUACGUCACGCACGUGAUCAAAGGUGGUCCAGCGGAUGCCCAGGCUGGUAUCCGUGUCGGUGAUACCAUUCUGGAGUGGAAUGGCCGGUCCCUGGUUAACGCUACGUUUGAGGAAGCUCGGGAGAUCAUGGAUAAAUGUGAAGAUAUUGUACAGCUUCUGGUUUUACACACGUCAAAUGGAGAGCAAUCUGAGUCACAAAUCUCUCCUUCAGUGAAGGCGAAAAUUCCAAAAUCAGACUCUGCUGAUGCUCAGUUAAUUCACAAAACAUCCAAAAACUCCCUGGAUCCUCCCAAGGAAUCGUCAGUUAUAAGCAGGCCAAAGAGAAGAAUGCUACCAAAGACACCUAUUGAGAUUAAGAAAGAAACGAAACAAAUUAGCGGAAGGUUAUUAAUCCAAUUGUGUUAUACGCCAGCCACAUCACGACUGACGGUGGCGACCAUCCGCGCCGAGGGUUUAAAACCGCGUAGUGGUUCCACGAAGACAUUACCCAGACCAUUGCUACUCCUUUACUUACUACCUGGGCGCAACGAAACCGGUCAUUACGAAACUCAACCAGGUUACGAAACAACGAAUCCCGAAUGGAACAAAACCUUCAUUUUUGCCGAAAUAACCAAAGAUGCGAUUCAGGAGAAGGCUCUGGAAGUAACAGUUUGGGACAAGAACUACAGCGGGGACGAUGAGUUCCUUGGUGAGGUUCUCCUGGAUUUGAAGGAUGCAAACCUUGACAACGAGGCUGUAUGGUUCAACCUGGAGAACCACGACGAGAACAGUUCGCCUCUACCCCUGAGGAAGAAAUCCUUCUCGGACAUAUCGCCUCUCAGUAGUUCAUCUUCUAUAGAUCUGCUGGGACAGCGGGCUCAAGGGGUUCGUACCCCUUCGCCUAACUUUUCAGGGCGACGGUCAGCAGAGCUGCAGAGGUCUCUUCCACUCACUCCUGCUCACGACAAGGCCAAGCAACUGCUAACCAGAGGCAAAACCAGCCCGAGUCGAGACUGUCGAUCGGACAGGGAUUAUCCGGUGUCGCGCCAUUCCUCUCCGCUUCCCUCCCCUGGAUCUCUCACCGACCCUGAUAAUAGGGGAAGCGUCAACCUUGCUCACCGAGAUAGCUUCACAAAGAAGGUUAAACGAAAGAUGUCCUGUGCCAUGACGAAAAUGAUCGGUGACAAGAAAGAGAGUGACGAUGACCGUGACAGUUGUUCGUCGCACACUUGGCUAAGUCGUAGCCGUAGUAUCGGAGACAUGCAGGACGACAGUCCAGUCCUGGGGCAACGAUCCCCACGCUCUCAUCGGCGUUCUACAAUUCAAAUGGAUCUCUUGGCUCCACCCAGGCCUCUUAGCCGGACACCAAGUGAGACCAGCUUUGACGAAGAAGAUAUGGAAACAUACAGUUUUAGUUCCCGUACACCGGACCGACCAGCACCUGAGGGUGAUGACGUCACAUCGUUGCUAGGACCGGGACAAGCUCCGCCUAAACCUGCAAUGGAAAAAGUGAUCCUUGGAGACAUUAAAUUGGGAUUUAUGGUCUCCAAAGGUCAAUUGGAAGUGGAUGUUAUAUGUGCAAAGGGGUUGUCGCGUGGUCCCGCCGUGUUUCCACCAGACACUUACGUUAAGACUUACCUUAUGGAGGGAAACAAGAAGAUUCAGAAGAAGAAGACGAAGUUGGUGAAAGGGUCUUAUGAACCGAUUUACCGUCAGAAGCUGAAAUACUCCGCCUGUAACGUGUAUGGGCGAUCCAUGAAGAUUAACAUUUGGGAGCGACAGAAGACUUUCGACAAGAAGGUGUCCCUUGGAGAAGCGGUUGUUCGCCUCGACAAUCUGGAUUUGUCUCAACACACUAUGGGCUGGUAUAAACUCUUUCAAAUAUCCGCCACUGACUUGGGCUCUUCGGACAGUCUUGCGAAUUGGUGAGGAGGGCUGCUUAACCUCUAGAAAGAAGACUCAACUCGUGCCUAAAGGUGGCCUGAAGCCGCCAGAGGAUAACCCGAACUUGGACUUUGAAUGGCUUAUGGCAUACCCUGAAGUGUCUUAAUCAAUCAUUCUAUACACUCCAAAAUUCACCCGCCAAACUUCAGAAGUAACGAAACCGCGUAUGCGUAUUUACAGUUUUCUGACCCAGAUCUUUUCUACAAUUGCGAUAAUGCUGGCCGCGAAUCAUAGAACGAGUGUCUACUUUGUUCAUUGAAGGCCCUCUUCCAGGCGUUCAUCUUGAUGUCUUCAUCAUUCUCAAAACGGUCUAUUUAGAGUCAAGGAAGCGAAUAUAUGGCGGUAUUGCUGUAGGGUUAAGGAAAAACAUUAUCCAUAACGAAGCUCAAGGUUCACAAAUUCCGCAGGGAAACUGUUUGAUGGCACAUUUCAUAUCUUAAGUGUAAAAAAGUACAAUCGUACUGCCGCCAGUGAACCGUCUGCUGAUCAAGCCGUUGUCUUCCCAUGACAGAGAACUCGGGAGUUCCAUCCAGACCGUCGUCUCAGUUCUUAAAAACUGUGCCCAUUGAAUGAAUUUUUGUGAUAACUUUUCAGGAUUAAUUUUCGUACCUGGGACCAUUGCUUAAGUUAACUUUAGAGUUCAACCAUCUGUGUUUUCUAAGAGUAAGAUUACAACCCACGCUUUUUGUGUUUCCAAAGAGUAAGAUGCACGCAUGGGAAAAAAGCCUAGAGGCUACACCAGAAAAUAUUGGUCACAAACAUGGAAAUAGUUUCGUGAAAUUCCUUCACUUUUGUACUUAUUUAACCAAAUCAUAAUAGUGGAGACAUUAUUUCCAAAAUGUGUGAUUGGUAGCUUGUUAUUCGAUAUGCAAACGAAGUAGCACCCGCGCUACAGAUUAAUACUAUAAACCUUUACUAGGUCACGUUCACUCCUGUAAAGCAGAUCUGCGUUCUGGGAGGCCCAUCUGUGGAUUGUUCUUCCAAGUCCAACAGAGAUCAUUAACAUCUAUCCCAUAAAGUUUCGUAAAAUGACCCCCUUUGUAAUUUUUUACAAACUUCUAUUAAAAUUUAAUACUAUACAUCAGACAUCAGCGAGGUUAGUAUUUUCUGAGAGGUUACUACUUCGGCAAUACGAUAGUAUUCAUACGACUAAGACUUGCCAAUUAUUUUGCCACAGUUGGCGGUAUAACCUCUUUAAUAUUAUAUGGACAUUUUUGAAUCGUUAGCUGCAGACCAUUUCAGACCAUCUUAGAGCAGCACCAUUCAUUGUUUUAACCAGGAAAGCACAAAGAUACUCUGACUAUUGCAAGAGUGGAAAUAUUAGUUCUACGAAGUGAAAAGCUAGCUUUACAUAAAACGCGAUGUGAUUUAAGACAGAAAAGCCACAAAUUCAUAUGAAGAUCAACACGGUAUGUCCCGCGAAGACAAUCCUCAUGAAAUGUGGCUCUUCAUUCUGACGAAAGGCCGUCAGGAGACGUGGGCUUACGCCACACCACUAUAUUAGCAUAUGAGAGGAACGAGAUGCCAAGCAACAGUAAUCACUCUACGGAAGCUGCUAGAUACCACGUAUAGAUAAAGGUGACGAGGAUAGGUUUUAUCCCCCAGAGGGCACCUGUUGAGUGUAGCGUUGCCCAGGGUCAUUACUCAAAGAGAUUGAAAUUUCGAGGUGGGUAACAACGUCAUUCUGUUUGGGCAUAGAUGCCGUUUUUCAAAAGCCUUACAGUAUUUCUUUCAUUCUACAUGGAGCAUUUCACGGCUCUAACAUAAUGUAAGUAAACAAAAAACGGUGCAUGCAGUUCAUUAAAUUACCCAGUGCUGUAACAGUCAAAGAAGCUGUCGAGCUCUUAGACGAGAUUAGCAUUGGCUGAAGACUUUCAUUUACAUACGCGUGGGUGGCACCACCUCCUAGUUUCCCUGGGAUAAAACAGUUGAGCAAGCUCUCAAAAAAAAUUCUUCUUCAUAUUCCACAAGAUGAACUUCCUACCCUCUAAUUAGGGAUUCCAGGGGAUUGUCCUUCUACACAGGUGUUUAGCCAUAUAAUAAUAUACAAGACAGCUGACCAAAGAACCCAAAACUGAGGAGGCGCAUGGGUAAUCUUGAUUUAUGUACACGUGUAUACUCUUUCCUUGUGCGGUGGCUUGUGAUAAACAACGUACGUCGUGGUGCUACACUCAAUCGAGCCCAGGUGAAAAUAUUCAAAUGGUCAUUUAUCUACAUACUAACAUGCUAGAGUUACAUAAUUUUCUGGAUAACUUUUGUUCAACUUGCUAGUUAUAUAGUGCACAGUUGUAACAGUUUUGACCAGUUCUAUUCUUGGCGUCCUCGUGAGUGAUGUAUAUGUUCAUUGUAUAUGUACUGAAUCCUGGCAAGAAGUGCACUUACCAGAAAAAGAAUCAAUUGUUACACUUUUCU